GAGGGCAAAGUGAUACGUAAACAAAAGAUGACGGCUGAGCUGCCAAUGGCGACUGGCGUGCUUGGGUUUCCAUCAGCUGUUUCAGCCAGGCUGCGGUCAUAGUUUACUUUUGCGACCAUCCCAAACUGGGUCGCUUCUACAGGAUUAGAAAGAAGACUUUGUAGCAAAUUUCAGAGAAGAAAUGCCUUGCUUUUGAAAAAAAAAAUCUGUCAUUUGAUGCUGUCACCAUUUGCAACUGGCGCUUUAGUUCCGUGCAAAAACAACAAAGUUUCAGAUUAAAAGGCCUCACCAAUAUGCUUAGUGGAGUAGCCAGUUUACUGUUUGGCAGCAAUGGAGACAAACCAUCAGCCAAUAAUCCUCAGGAAAAGCUUGAUCUCAUUACAAAUGAGACUGAUCAAGGGUGGGUCCUAGUGGAUCUGCCAGAUACAGAGUCUUCUACUUCUAGUGGUAGACUGCAGCCUCAGGGAGAGCAACAGCAGCCAGUGACAGCUGAGCCUAAGCAUGCAGCACAGCAGCAAGGGGACCAUACUUGUGUCCCAACAUCCACUUCACCCCUGUCUCUAACUCAUAUCCAGUCAGUACCACAGCUAGUGCAAGCAUGUAGUAGUGGUGUGGUGGAUCAAGAUGUCACGCCCCAUUGUCCUGUGCUUGAAGAUCCACACUCUGGUCGUUGCUCUCCUUUUGAUGAUGGCUCUGCUGGUCAGAGCCAUGAAACGCUAUUUAUUCAUAUCUUAUGUGAGAGCUGGAUUUUAACACCACCACCUUGUUUUACAGCAUCAGGCAGCAUAAGACAGCUGGAAGAGAGCCCUUUGGAGAACUUGCUUAUUGAGCAUCCCUCCAUGUCUGUCUACAAUAUUCAAGGCACUUGGUUAGAACCCAGAGAGGAGGUGACAGAGGCAGCCUCUGCGGUGACCGAAAUUGGAAACAGCCCUCAUUCUGCACAGCAGCUGAUGCAGCAACAUGCCACUGCACGACCAUUGUUUCGUCAGACUGCCUGUAUCAGGGAUUUAAUCAAGAGUGAGCAUAUAAGCCAGCGUCAGCAGAAGGCAGCUAUAGGCAAGGUUCUGCAGAGAAAAUGCACAGAACGUAGCAACAAAGCUUUUCAUUUCAGGGGAUGUAUAAAGCAGGGUUCUUGUCUAAACCGCAGACUAAGAUCAUCUGGUUUUAAGAAUGGCUGUCACAGACAACGAAACCAUUAACAGUAGUACUGUUGUAGGAUGAGUGAGAGUUGGCUGCCUCUAUUGUUAUUUAUCUGGUAUUUUUGUCACCUGUAAAUGUAAUAGGUGCAAGGCUAUUAUAUAUGCUUUAUUAACCUUUUCACCCUGGUUCUUGUACAGGAUUUUUAUCAUAGUGAGCACAAUUGGCCAAUAGAACCGAGUGUAACCUAAUAAUUAUACCUGAUGAUGUAUUUUAGUCAAUCUGAAUGGUCUGUUAAUUUAAUGCCUGUCAUUGUGUAUUCUGCAAACACGUUUACCACUUAUGUGAUUACAUAAAUCUCAGAGAUAAUUUUUUUUGUCAUGUAUUCUCUCAGUCUUGAACCACAAUAGUCUUUUUCUCAGUUUCACAUUUUUUCAGCAUCGUCUGCAAAAAAACUCCAGUCUAUUGUAUUAUUGUUGUACAGUUUUAAAUGGUGUAUGGGUUUGCCUUAAAUUUGUGAUGAGCAAUAGAUAGCAGUCAAGUAUAUAAUUUUAAAAUGUUUCAUCUAGGCAAAAAAAAAAAAAAAAAGCCGAUUACUCAUCCACAAAAAUAUAGUUGUUUUCUGACUUGUACAUUUUUUUCCUCAGCAACUGUUAAAACCAGAUCUGUAUUUAUGUUUGCGAGCCUGUAAUGCAUUGAUAUUAUUUAGUACAAGAAUUCUAAAUUCUUGUUUUGUGUGUACAUACACAUACGCUGGAGGGAAAAGAGGGUGCUUGCUUUAGAAUAGUUCCUGUAAUGUGUACUGAAAGAUUGGUUGUUAUGAUGCUAAUCUUCUGAACAAAAUUAUGCUGUAUGACCAACAUGAUUGAUGUGCAACACCAGUUUACUUGUUAUGAAAAUUCUUGCCUCUAAUGAAUGUAAUCCAUCUUUAGAAAAGGAUGAUAAACAGCAUAAAAUAUAAUUCAUCCAAACAUUCUCCAACACCUGCAUAUAUUUUGUGAGACUCUUACAUAUAAUAUUUCUAUGGUCUUGUGCGAAUUCCACAAUUUGACUUGAUAUUUUUUGUGAGCUGCCCAUCUUACGCUUGUUACCUGGUGCUCAAGUAUGCAGAUAGAAAUAAUAUUCCCUCCUCUUACAAGAGAAAUUAAGCAACUGUGAAAAUGUCAAUAAAACAAUCGCCUGCAGCACAGA